CUCUCUCUCUCUCUCUCUCUCUCUCUCUCUCUCUAUCUCGCUCUUGCUCCCAGAUAAGUGCCAAACCAACAGGACACACCAACCAAUCUCUCCCUUACUCAUUCUUCUUUUAGAUAAUGCCCAAGACUGAGCAUUCUCUGCAGCUCCCUUUCCUAGAUCUCUCAGAGCCCUUUCUCCCUUCUGCCCUCUCUUCCAUCUCCCAAGCAUGCAAGGACUGGGGCUUCUUUUACAUCACCAACCAUGGCAUCUCCAAAGACCUCUAUCAGAGAUUUCAUAGUCUCUCCAGACAAGUGUUCAACCUUCCUUUAGAUGCCAAACUCAAAUUAGGACCCUCAUCCCCAAUAAAUACUUACACUCCUCAAUUUAUUGCUUCACCAUUCUUUGAGACCCUCCGAGUCUCCGGUCCAGACUACCAUGCCUCAGCAAAAAAGUCAAGUGAUAUCCUGUUUGGAACACCUGAAACUAAGUUUUGUGACCUAGUACAAGAAUAUGGAAGCAAGAUGAUGGAAUUAUCAAAGAAAAUUGUGGUUGUUCUUUUGAAGUGUUUGGGUGAUGGACUUGAGUUCAAAUACUUGGAUGAAUUCAGUCAGUGUCAUGGAUAUUUAAGGAUCAACAACUACACCCCACCUGAGGACAUCGAAGCAGAAGAUGUUGAAGGACUUGGAAUGCACACAGACAUGAGCUGUAUAACAAUCUUAUAUCAAGAUGCAACUGGUGGACUUCAGAUGAGGUCAAAAGAAGGUGAUUGGGUGGACCUGUUACCAAAUGAAGACGCAUUAGCAGUGAAUAUUGGAGACCUGUUGCAGGCUUGGAGCAAUGGACAACUAAGAUCAUCCAAGCACAGGGUCAUCUUGAAACAGCCUGUCAACCGCCUAUCUGUGGCUUUUUUCUGGUGUUUCGAGGAUGAGAAGGUGAUAUUAGCUCCUGAAGAUGUAUUGGGAGAGAGGAAGCAGAGGAUCUAUAAACCAUUUGUUUGCCUUGAUUACAUAAAGUUUAGGGAGAACACUGAGGAAGGGAGAUUUGACAAGGUCGGCUCCAACAUCAACGGCUUCGCUUCAAUCAGUGCUUCGAAUUAUGAUGAGAAUAUGCCGACAUGAGGCUGCAAGAUAUUCAUUUAACGUUCAUUUGCUUGUGAAUUUUUUCAAUGUAUUAGGUUAUGUGACAUAUUAGUUGUGAAAUUAUGAUGGUUGCAGGAUUGAAAUUUUCUGAAAUAAAAGGAGAGUUGAGAAAUGAGAUGUAUAUUUGUUUUCUUUUUUGGAUGUAUUUGUGCAAAUGGAAGGAUGGUCUA